CUUCUUCUUCUUCUUCUUCUUCUUCUUCUUCCCCUUUAUUAAAUUUAAAAUGGAAUCCAUGUCAGGAGAAUGAAUGAAUGGUGGAUAGCUCAAUCUUUAAUCUCUCCCCAUCUUUCUUCUUUCCAAAUUAUUAGGGUUUCACUUCCAUUUCCAACUCUAUUCCACAUCUCAUAAUGGAUUUCCAUCUCAACGGAUUCAACGAAAUUGACGAAUCCAGACGCGAAAACGAAUCAUCAAACACUUUCGGAUUCAUCCAUUCAAACUUCUCAGUUGAUCUAAAGUUAGGACAAGUAAUCACUCCGAUUGAACCUCCGAAAACGGCGUUUUCAUCUUCUGGUUCAUCAAAAAGGACACGAUCAGUAGCUAACAAUGGAGUUCAAACAGCUUAUUGUCUAGUAGACGGUUGCAGUUCAGAUCUAAGUAACUGUCGGGAAUAUCAUAGACGUCAUAAGGUUUGUGAAGUUCAUUCUAAGACACCGGAAGUCACAAUUAGCGGACAUAAACGAAGAUUCUGUCAACAGUGUAGCAGGUUUCAUUCGUUGGGGGAAUUUGAUGAAGGUAAGAGAAGUUGUAGGAAACGUCUUGAUGGACAUAAUCGCCGGAGAAGAAAACCUCAGCCGGAAUCUUCUUCUCUCCGGCCAAUGAGCUUCUUCUCCGACUAUCCAGGUAACAGAAUGUUUCCUUUCUCAACUCCGGCAGCCAUGAACAACCCAAAUUGGCCGGAAAUGUUUAGAAACGGCCAGUUUCCAUCAUCGUCGUCAUCAUCAACUUUAUCGUUUAGAGACGAAGGGAAACAACAAUUUAAUUUGCUACCCAAUAAUAAUAACAUUUUCUUGAACAACCAAACAAUAAUUUUUAACGAACCACCCGCAAAAUACUUCUACGACGAUGGUUCUUCUCAAAUCCUCGACUCCUCCAACAAUAACUCUUCUCAAAUCCUCGACACCUCCAACAAUAACCAUGCUCUCUCUCUUCUGUCAUCGCAAUCGCAACAACAACAAGCAUCAGAGAUGAUCGGUUUGAAUCAAGCUCUAUCGCAGAAUUAUCCAACAAUCUUUCAAAAUGAAACUCCCCAAACACUUCCUUUCUAUUGGAAGGAUGCUUGAUUUGAUUAUCCCCUUCUACUUAACAUGACUGCCUCGACUCGACUCUCUUUGGGAAUGACUUAGAUAACGAUUAGUGAUGGAACAACGACAAUCCCUUUCUUAGUGAUGGAACACAAGUAUCAGUGCCCACAUCGAUGCCUGUUCUUUCUCUCCUUAAUCAUAUGUUUGAAUAUUAAUGUCAAUGCUAUCUAUAAUAUUUUAACUUAAAUUUCGAAUAUUAUAGUUUUGUUUCUUAUAUAUAUUG